UGAGUCAUGGCUGCAUUGUAGGUGCAGGAUUGAGGGGCUGGAGUUGGUUCUGGUGAAGUGAAUAUUGUGUGAGGGGUGGUAGUGAAAUGACAAUGGAUCUACACCCGUCAAUGGCGCAAAGUGUGAGAACAAGCCGAUCGUCUUUUAGCUCCAGCAAUGGCAAUGAGGGUGUGCACAGCUCUGCCGCGUAUUUGAAUGGGGAUGAUUAUGACAGCGAUAGCUCCAGUGUGGCACCACCUACACCAAGGACGCUGGCAAUGGAUAUCCCUGCAGAACUUGCUGGUGCCAUACCCUUGAUUGAUAGAUUUCAGGUAGAAGGAUUUUUAAGGUUGAUGCAGAAGCAAAUUCAGUCUGCUGGAAAGCGGGGAUUCUUUUCUAAAAAAUCUGUUGGUCCUCAACCCCGGGAAAAGUUCACUUUCGAGGACAUGCUGUGCUUCCAGAAGGAUCCCAUACCUACAUCUUUACUUAAAAUCAAUAAUGACCUGGUCAGCCGGGCGGUGAAACUGUUCCAGACAAUUCUGAAGUACAUGGGCAUCGACUCGUCUGACCGAUUUACACCACCAAAUUUAGAUGAACGGAUUGAACUUGUUGGAAAGUUGUAUAAGCAAACAUUGAAGCGAACCGAGCUCCGAGAUGAACUUUUUGCACAGAUUUCUAAACAAACAAGAAAUAAUCCUGAAAGGCAAUGCGUAAUUAAAGCAUGGGAAUUAAUGUAUUUGUGUGCAUCCUCUAUGCCCCCUAGCAAGGACAUCGGUGGCUAUCUGUCUGAGUACGUCCACAAUGUUGCACAUAGUGUGAAUGUUGACUCUGAGGUUCGAGUCCUAGCAUUAAAUACUUUAAAUGCUUUGAAGCGUUCUGUUAAGGCUGGACCUAGGCAUACAAUACCAUGCCGGGAGGAGAUAGAAGCACUUUUAACUGGUCGAAAGCUUACAACAAUAGUGUUUUUCUUGGACGAAACUUUUGAAGAAAUCACAUAUGACAUGGAAACAACAGUAGCUGAUGCUGUUGAGGAACUUGCAGGGAUAAUAAAAUUGUCAGUAUUUUCUAGCUUUAGUCUUUUUGAAUGCCACAAAGUUGUGACAGGCUCGAAGUCACCUGACCCUGGGAAUGAGGAGUAUAUUGGGCUAGAUGACAACAAGUACAUAGGGGAUCUGUUAGCAGAAUUUAAAGCAGCAAAAGAUCGAAGUAAAGGAGAAAUUUUGCAUUGCAAGCUGACAUUUAAAAAGAAGCUUUUUCAGGAGUCAGAUGAAGCUGUAGCAGAUCCAAUGUUUGUGCAGUUGUCCUAUGUUCAAUUGCAACAUGAUUACAUUAUGGGAAAUUAUCCUGUUGGAAGGGACGAUGCUGCACAGCUUUCUGCUUUGCAAAUAUUAGUUGAUAUUGGAUUUGUUGGCACCCCUGAAUCAUGCAAUGACUGGAAUUCGCUUUUGGAACGCUUUCUACCAAGACAAAUUGCAAUCACACGCGCAAAACGGGAGUGGGAGUUGGAUAUUCUUUCCCGUUACCAUUCAAUGCAAAAUUUGACAAAAGAUGAUGCAAGACAACAGUUUUUGCGAAUACUUAGAACACUUCCUUACGGAAAUUCAGUAUUCUUCAGUGUUCGCAAGAUAGAUGAUCCUAUUGGACUUCUGCCCGGGCGUAUCAUUUUGGGGAUCAAUAAAAGAGGGGUUCAUUUUUUUCGUCCUGUUCCAAAGGAAUAUCUACAUUCAGCAGAACUAAGAGAUAUAAUGCAAUUUGGUAGUAGCAAUACUGCUGUUUUCUUUAAGAUGAGAGUUGCAGGUGUUCUUCACAUAUUCCAAUUUGAAACUAAGCAGGGUGAAGAAAUUUGUGUUGCUCUUCAAACACAUAUAAAUGAUGUCAUGUUGCGGCGCUAUUCUAAAGCUCGAACUCCUUCUACUGGCUCAACGAACGGAGAUAUUUCUAAUAAUUUGAAGCCCUCUGAUGAAGUGCAUGAAAGACGAGUGCGAGAUCUGUCAAAAGCUGUUGAAGAAUCUCAACGAACUGUUGAUCAAUUGCUGGAAGAGUUGCGUGAAAAACAAAAACAAGAAGCAAAACUGCAAGAUGAUUUGGAUGAUCUGAAGAAAUCAUUGGCAUCUGAGAAGCACAACUUGUCAGAAGUUGCAGGCGACCGCAAUAGAAUGAAGUCACUGUGUGAUGACAAGGACAAGGCACUUCAGGCCGCACUGUCAGAAAAGAAGAGCUUGGAAGCACAGUUGGCAAAACUGAGUAAUCAAGCGGUGCAAAAAAAUGACAAGACAAAUCUGGCUGGUGGAGGAAACAACCAGGUUUUGGAGAAACUCAAAGAUGAGAUAAAGCUUCGUACUGAGGAGCUGAAAGAAAAAGAUGAAACUAUAAGGAGACUAGCAAGUGAUAAAUUAUUACUGGAGAAAACCAUAUCUGGCCUUGACAAGAUUAAAGCUGAUGAGAUUGUGUCUGUUGAGAAAACUUUUGAGCAAGAGCGCAAAACAUUAAAGCUUCAAGUUUUUGAACUUGAAAAGAAGCUUGAAGGAGUUAAUCAAGAAUUAGCUAUUCUGAAGCCAACUAUUGCAAGCCGAAACUCUGAGAUUGGUGCAUUACGGAAUAACCUUAAAGAAUUGGAAGAAUUGAGAGAAAUGAAAGAGGAUAUUGAUAGGAAGAAUGAGCAAACAGCUUCCCUCUUGAAGAUGCAAGGGGCUCAACUAGCUGAAAUGGAAUCCCUUUACAAGGAAGAACAACUCCUAAGGAAGCGCUAUUUCAACACCAUAGAAGAUAUGAAAGGCAAGAUCAGAGUUUAUUGUAGAUUAAGACCUAUGAGUGAAAAAGAGAUUGCUGAAAACCAAGGAUGUGCAGUUUCAAGUAGUGAUGAGUUUACAGUUGAACAUCCAUGGAAGGAUGAUAAACAGAAACAACAUACAUAUGAUCGUGUAUUUGAUGGUAAUGGCACCCAAGAGGAUGUAUUUGAAGAUACAAGGUAUUUAGUACAAUCUGCUGUUGAUGGAUACAAUGUGUGCAUCUUUGCUUAUGGGCAAACAGGUUCUGGGAAAACAUAUACCAUUUAUGGUACUGAAACUAAUCCUGGACUUACUCCUAGAGCUACUGCCGAACUUUUUAAAAUCUUGAGGCGGGACAGCAACAAGUUCUCAUUUUCUUUGAAGGCGUAUAUGGUGGAAUUGUAUCAAGAUACACUCGUUGACCUUCUAUUGCCCAAAUAUGCAAAGCGUCAAAAAUUAGAUAUAAAAAAGGAUUCAAAGGGAAUGGUGGCAGUUGAAAACAUAACGGUACUAUCGAUAUCAACACAUGAGGAGCUGAAAAAUAUAAUACAAAGAGGAUCUGAACAGCGGCAUACAUCUGGCACUCAAAUGAAUGAAGAAAGUUCAAGAUCUCACCUCAUAGUGUCGGUCAUCAUUGAAAGUACUAAUCUCCAAACACAGUCUGUUGCUAGAGGAAAGCUAAGUUUUGUGGAUCUUGCUGGUUCGGAGAGAAUCAAGAAAUCAGGUUCUGCCGGCAGUCAGCUUAAAGAAGCUCAAAGCAUCAACAAGUCACUUUCAGCUCUCGGAGACGUGAUUGGUGCUUUAUCUUCUGGCGGGCAGCACAUACCCUACCGGAACCACAAAUUAACGAUGUUGAUGAGUGAUUCCCUCGGUGGCAAUGCCAAAACGCUGAUGUUUGUCAAUUGCUCUCCUGCCGAGUCAAACAUAGAUGAGACAUACAAUUCUCUAACGUAUGCAUCAAGAGUUCGGGCAAUCGUGAAUGAUCCAAGCAAGAAUGUAUCUUCAAAAGAGAUAAUGCGACUGAAAAAGCUGGUUUCUUAUUGGAAAGAACAAGCUGGAAAGAGAGGAGAAGAUGAGGAUUUGGAUGAAAUUCAGGAGGAGCGGCCACCAAGAGAGAAAGGAGAUGGCCGGCACUCAAUGUAGUGCUUCGCUCCCACUGGGAAAAUUCAUACCGGAGUUACUGGUUUUGCAAAAAGGUAGACAGAAAUUUGGAAUGUAGGGUUUCAGUAAGGUGUACCAGAUCAGUAUACUAGAUUUAGAUCGACCUGUCUAUUCCAGUUACUAUCAAUUUCUAGGAUCUUGAUGAUCUCAUUUUCUCAUUGUACUACGAAUGAGGAUGUUGUAAUUUAAUUAGGAGGGAUGUAAUCAAGUUGUACACUUGUAUAGUCUAUAUCUUGUGUAUAUAUGUCAAACUCUUCUUAAUUUGUAUAUGGAGUUCCUCAUUUACGAAAUCAAAUCCUCUUCUGCACUAUU